AUGAGGACUAUCCAAAAUAAUGAUGGUACUCUUAUAACUGAUAAACAAGAGAUUCACAAGGAAGUGAUGGAGUUCUAUGGGAAUCUUAUGGGAAAGGCAGCUCAUAACCUGAAGCAUGUGGAUAUUGAAGCUUUGAGGGAUGGUAAACACCUUAAUGGGGAUCCAAGAGAGUUUCUCAUUAACACAAUUACAGAGGAGGAAAUUGUUAAAUCCCUAAAAGGAAUUGGGGAUCUAAAAGCUCCUGGAAUUGAUGGCUUUGGAGCUAAAUUCUUCAAAGUAAGCUGGCACAUUAUAAAAGAGGAUGUUAUUGCUACUAUAAAGGAGUUUUUUUUAUAA